UCUCUAUGAAGGAGGGAUCUGCUGAGGGAUCUGUUGAAGAUGAGGCGACUGAAUCGGAAGAAGACUUUGAAUUUAGUGAAAGAAUUGGACGCCUUCCCGAAGAUUCCAGACAGCUACAUCGAGACCUCAACGAGUGGAGGAACAGUUUCUCUAAUAGCUUUUACAACCAUGGCUCUCUUAACCAUAAUGGAGUUUACAGUCUAUCGAGACACCUGGAUGAAAUACGAGUAUGAAGUCGACAAGGAUUACACUAGUAAAUUAAGAAUAAAUGUAGACAUCACGGUUGCAAUGAAGUGUCAACACAUUGGUGCUGAUGUCCUGGAUUUGGCAGAAACAAUGGUUGCUACUGCAGAUGGAUUAGUCUAUGAGCCAGUAAUAUUUGAACUCAGUCCGUUGCAAAGAGAAUGGCAAAGGAUACUACAAAAUAUUCAGUCUCGGCUGCAGGAAGAACACUCUCUUCAGGACAUAAUAUUCAAAAGUGCUUUUAAAAGUGCUUCCACAGCACUGCCACCAAGGGAAGACAAUCCCGUACAGUCGGCCGACGCCUGCAGAAUUCAUGGACAUCUCUACGUGAAUAAAGUAGCAGGCAACUUUCACGUUACAGUGGGCAAGGCCAUUCCCCACCCAAGGGGCCACGCACAUUUGGCAGCCCUGGUGAGCCAUGAAUCAUACAAUUUCUCCCAUAGGAUAGAUCACUUGUCUUUUGGAGAGCUUAUCCCAGGCAUUAUUAAUCCUUUAGAUGGCACGGAAAAGAUUGCAUCAGAUCACAAUCAGAUGUUCCAGUACUUUGUUACAGUGGUGCCGACAAAACUUCAAACGCACAAAAUUUCAGCAGAAACGCAUCAGUUUGCAGUAACAGAAAGGGAGCGCAUAAUCAACCACGCCGCCGGAAGUCAUGGAGUUUCUGGAAUUUUCAUGAAAUACGACAUCAGUUCCCUCAUGGUGACGGUGACCGAGGAACACAUGCCUUUCUGGCAGUUUUUAGUGAGACUCUGUGGUAUAGUUGGAGGAAUUUUUUCCACCACAGGCAUUUUACACAGCGUUGGAAGAUUCAUAGUGGAAAUUCUCUGUUGCCGUUUCAGACUGAAGUCUUCUAAAUCUACACCUGUUCAACUUCCAGAUAGUCAACGAAAUGGCCACGAACCUCUUGUGACCGAGGAUGCUACGGAAUAGCCCGUCCUUCGGAAACUGUCGUCUUUCCGUCUCGCGGGGAAGACGUUUUUAUAGCGAAACAUUUGUGCAAUAUGUUAAAGGACAGUCCCGAACGGAGGGGAAAAAAACGAGCCUUUGGCAGCAGCAACAAAAAAAGGGAAAAAAACCCCAUUAACUUUUCUGUGUUGACUUAAUUGUCCUUUCAAGGAUUCAAAAAAAGAGGCCGAGAGGAUUAAGUCCGACUCCCUGGACAAGAACAGGACGGUGGUUGAGAGGAGACUGUAAUUCAGAAACCGCAAUUAAACCGUGAAACGAUCCACUCUGCGUUCUAGAGCGUUCCAGAGUCUCAUAACCGAUAACGUUCAAAGGAAUGAAAUUGGAAAGAGAUGUAUUUCCCAUAGGCACCCAGAGCAGGAAAAUGUGCAGCCGAAACUCAGAAGUUACAUAGUUUUGUUUUUAAAACAGGAAGGAUGCAAGUUGUGAUUUUAAUUUUUGAUUUUUAAAAAAAAUCCCCUAUCUUUUAACAUGUAAAACUGCUGCCGUAAGAAUCCCGGGAAAUAGAGAAUAAUCGAACAAGAAAGUAAGUUAAAAAUCUUGUCCUGGGACCCAUGCAGCGUGUAUACAGAUUUUACGAAUUGGCUGUUUAAACAAAUGUGGAAAACCUUUUAGCGUAUCGCUUGUUUUCAAACUUUCUGGGGCGGGGGGGAGAAAUGGAUCGAUCAAAGAAUUGUGGGCUCUUUGCAAUGUAACCUGUUGAGAGUGAUUGACAGCCUCUUUAUCUAGGGACACUUGACAAGCUGAAGAAUCCAUCAUGGUAAUUGUUAAUUUUCUUGAGUUUUAAGGUACCGUCCAAUUGGAUUGCGGUGCUGAUCGCCGUAUUUUUGUAGGCUGGUUCAUACAGGUAUAUAAUCACAUCUUACAA